AUGGACCUCCCCUUCCUCUCCUCCAGCUCCGACUCCGACUCCGACUCCGACCCCAAGACCUCCCCGCGCACCUCGAAGCUUCAGCAAUCAGAGUCGCAGUUCCAAGCGCAAAAGCUUCAAUGGCGGCCCGUGAUCUACCCCGUGGCCGUGCCCGCGAACCCAAAAGCCGACGCGGAGAGGAAAUACUACGAGCGGGAUUACGAGGGCGCCCUGGAGUGUGCGAGAAACGCUCUGGCAGUGCUGGUAGAGGGCAAGGAGACGGUCGUGGAUAGGAAGGAGCUGGGGGCGCUGGUUGAGGCGUGUCGGAGGAAGUUGGCGAAAUAA